AUGGGUCAUGAUUGCCUUAGAAUCAAAACUGCUGCCGAAAAACGCAAGGAAAAAAUAGAACUCCUCGUUAGACACACUGUGAAGAAAAGUCUACUCUACGAUCAGUUCAAGACCGCCGCUGAAGACCAGAAAAAGUCAAUAGAAAAAGGAAGAAAUAAGGCAAAGAGUCUACUUAACAACCAGAUGAGGCUAGUUAUGCAGAUGGUCCGACAACGUGCCGAGGAUCUUUUGGCAGAUAUAGAUGCCAAGUCGAAUGUCAAACUAGAGGUUUUAAAUGCUUUAAUCGCAACUGCUACCGCCGAGCAAAAACAACUGGACGACUUUGUAGACUUCUCGAGAAAGCUCAUAAACCAUGGGAACGACAUGGAUGUCCUGCAAAUGGCCGCCACCUGUGAGCAAAGCAGCGAGAGCGUCCAGACUCUCAACAUUCCUACCAUGUCCGCAGCCUUAACCCAGCUACAGCUUAUCACCAACGACAUGGAGAAAUGCGUUACCAAUAUCAAUAGUUGCCUUGGAGACGUGGUACCUGCCGUGAGUGGAAGACUGGUGACAUCAUUCAACGUAGAAUUGACCGAGUCUCCAGUGGAGAUAAUCAGUCACGUGACCACUGAUGCAAAUGGUGACACCCUUAUUGGAAUAUGGUGUAAUGGGGACUAUUCACGGAAUAGAGUCCACAUCUACGACACCAACUUCGUCCUACAGGGCACGAUUUCAAACCCAUGGGCAGCAGAAAAUAAAGCUUUUGCUGGGAUUGCCGUUGAUGAUGACGGUAACAUCGUCACUAGAUGUCAGACGUCAAAUGAAAUAAUUGUGUACACCAAGACAGGGGACCAGGUGAGAACAUUCCACAGUGAGUCACCUCAGGCAGUAGCGGUCAACAGCAAGGGUCACUAUGUGGUGGCCGGUCACAAUACUCUGACUGUGUACCACAAGGAUGGCACGGUCCUGCAGACGACACCAGACCCAGAGGCUAAAUAUGUCAAAUACAUCCAUUGUAACGUGAAUGAUGACGUCAUCGUCACAGAUCCAGGCGAUGAUCACAUCCGUGUAUACGAUUCCUCUCUCCAGUUUAAGUACAAAUAUGGCUCCAAGGGUGAUGGGAACGGACAGGUGAACGGUCCACUCGGUACAUGCUGCUUGGAUUUUGGAGACAUAAUUCUAACUGACCGCAAGAAUCAUCGUCUUCACCUGGUGUCACCGGAUGGAAAAUUUAAGCAGUUUCUUUUAAGCGAAGACAAUGGACUUUUUAAUCCCAGAGAUGUUUCUAUAAACCAUCUCGGUAAACUUGUCGUUGCAGAGCAGAGAGGCGAAAUUAAAUUUUUCGAAUUAUGA